GUGUACAGUGGUUGGGCUCAGAGCCAACGACAGAAACUGAGACAAGAUUUUGAAACUAUGAACGAGGAGUUGAAACGUGAGCGGGCUCUUGCAAGUUUUGACCCAAAUGAGUUGUCAGCAUUUCUUUAUAGAGGCGAAGAUAAUUGUGCAGCCCUGAAAAACUUUGAAAAUCUUGUAGUAUCUAAUCCUCAGCUUGACAACUCCAACGCAUAUUUUUUAACAAUCGAAGAGUCCUAUGAAAAUGCAUUAAAAGCCGAAAUCGAAUUUUUGAAGCUUAAAAAAGAAAUUGACUUCGAAAAGCUGCAUCCAUCCGUACAAAUUUUAUGUCGUAAUAUGGUGAUACAGGUUGCCCCAUUUGCUUUACAUCGGUCAAUGUUUACUACAAUGAUCAAGAAUCAAAGUACUUCAGAGCAACUCAAAAAAUGGAUGCCUUUGAUUGAAAAAUAUCAAAUUAUCGGCAGCUAUGCACAAACUGAAUUGGGGCAUGGAACAAAUGUGCGAGCCUUAGAAACGACGGCAACCUACAACCCUUCUACAGAAACCUUUAUUCUUCACAGUCCUACCCUGAUGUCUACAAAGUGGUGGCCAGGCUCCAUUGGACAUACCGCAACGCACGUAAUUCUGAUGGCAAGAUUGAUUACGACGGGCAAGGAUCAUGGCAUCCACCCGUUUGUUGUCCAAAUUCGCAGCCUUGAAGACCACAGCGUUUUACCUGGAAUCAAAUUGGGUCACAUCGGUCCAAAGAUGGGUUAUGCCACUAUCGAUAAUGGUUUUUUAUGUUUUAAUCACGUUCACAUCCCACGUGAGAAUAUGCUGAUGAAGUACAAUAAGGUAUCGCCAAAUGGUAUAUAUGUCAAGGCUAAAGGAUACAACGAGAAGCUGUCUUACUUGAGCAUGGUGAUGAUUAGAGCGUAUUUAGUUUUUGACGCCGGAUUCUUUUUAAGUCGAUCUUGUACGAUAGCCAUAAGAUAUAGCGCCAUCAGACGUCAAGGAAAAAUCAAUAAAAGAGGACCCGAAUCUAAAAUUCUUGACUACAAAACUCAGCAGUACGCUCUCUUGCCUGUGCUUGCAACUUCGUACGCCUUUUGGCUUACAGGCCUUAAAGUUUUCCAGCUAUAUCUUAAAGUGCAAAUGGAAAUUACCCAGCAAUGUUUUGAUAAUGCUCAAGAGUUACAUGCAACUUGUGCUGGUAUGAAGGCUUUCUCUUCACAAGUCGCCGCUAAUGGGUCGGAGAUAUGUCGAUUUCGGUGCGGCGGUCACGGUUUCUCUAUGUCCAGCGGUCUUCCGUCGAUAUAUGCUAAUGUAUUAGCGCCCAUGUGUACAUAUGAAGGUGAUAACAUUGUCAUGAUGCUUCAAACAGCAAGGUAUUUAACAAAAUGUUCUUCAAAAUUGAUGUCCGGUGAGAAAAUCUCAACUCCAGCAGCAGAGUACCUCACCUCUUUUACCGGAGCCACGAGAUGUACAGUCACGUCUCCCGAUGAAUUUAGGAAUCCAAAGAUGUUGAUGAGAAUUUUUAAACAUCGAGCUGCAAGGCUUGUUUUGGCGGUAUCGAAGAAACAUCAAAGGAUUUUGUCCAGCGGUGUGAGCCCGGGAGAGGCAUGGAAUCGAUGUUCUGUUGACUUAGUACGUGCUGCCAAGGCUCACUGCCAUCAGUUCGUCGUGGAGCAGUUUGCAAGUACGAUCGAAAACGGGAAUUUUAGCGACGAACUUCGUCCAGUAAUGGAUGCACUCUUCUUUCUCUAUAGUCUUCAUGGUAUAGUUGAAGAAGCAAAAGACUUUUUAAAGGAUGGUUUUCUGAGUGAUGAUCAGUUGGAAAUGGCCAGUGACGUUCUCAUGGAAAUUUUGGAUGAAAUCAGACCGAAUGCAAUUUGUUUGGUGGAUGCCUUUAUUCAUUCUGAUCACGCUCUAAACUCUGUGAUUGGUCGGUAUGACGGCAAUGUUUACGAGAACAUGAUGAAAUGGGCCGAAAGUUUUCCACUUAAUGAAAGACCUGUGUUGCCAGCUUACGAAAAGUAUUUACGACCAUUGCUGAAAGGUGAGCUUGCCUCGAAACUGUGAUGCAAACUGUUGUCGAUUGCCAUUGAGGCAUAGCAUACAUCUGUAAUUUGUACGCAACAUGACACGAUGGUUGAAGACUGUUUUUCUUUACAUGAUUAACUGUAAAUAUGUAAAUGUUGAUGGCUUUAUGUGGACCUGCCCUUCGUUCUCUAACUUUUCUAAACUUUCUUAAUAUGAACAAAGGCGUCUUAAACUUUGCUUUAUUCGUAGCGCUUCCAAGUCCUUGAGUUUCAAGGGAACGUUACUCAACAAUCGGAGAUAACUGAUUCGAAAACGGUUCCAGAUUCGUCUGUCUUCACCUCUAAAUAGGCAGGAAUCUGGAGGCGUCUACAAAUUGGUCCUAUCUCCUGUAAAAUCAGAGAGGUGGCGUUGCCAGUUUAUUCAUGUACUCAUGCUAUGGAAUGAUUUUAGUUUACCUACUAUUGGUAAAAACAGUUGAUUUAUAAAGAAAAAAAGGUGAUGUUCUGAAAUUGACUUUACUGAUCUAAAACUGAGAGGCUGGCUACGCCACUGAUAGUUUAAAUAGGCUUGAUAUCAACUUUACAAUAAUUCCACCUACUCACUCAAACCUUUGUUUGCAAAGAUGUUACUUUUUCAUGAACCUUUCGCUAUCUGAUACUAUCCAAGAAAUAAGUAUAUAUGUAAUUAAAUUUUGCCGAAUAAUGAAAACGAAAAGUCGUACUGCUCGAAGCGUAAUUGAAAAUAAAAAUAAAAACUUCUUCAUAAUGUAGUUUUAUAAAGUAAUGUUUAUUGAAAACUCUUGCAGUAUUUACAAUUGAGUUAACGAAAUUAAGAAUAAAUAACGCUAUUUACAUAAAUAAUUAUCUAUCUCAUACUUUCUUUAAUGUAUCCAUUAAUUUACAAAAAUUAUUUUCUUACAGAUUAUUGUAUAAUAUGACUUAUGUGAUUAAUUCUUUAGAAGUAUAAAAUAUAAAAGAAAAUCGAGAAA